AUGGACAGACUCAAAUUUCCCAGCACUUUAAGUUCAGCAAGCGUCUGGAACAUUACCUUGGCCAUACAUCGCCUGUACUUCCACCCUCUGAAGUCGUACCCAGGGCCUUUUUUUGCACGCAUCAGUGACUUUUACAACACAUUCCACAUCUUCGUCAAGGAUGAAGCACAAAAUUUCCACAAGCUGCAUGAGUGCUAUGGACCCGUUGUUCGGUACGGGCCUAACAGACUCAGCAUCGCUACACCUGGCGCCGUGAGGAUGCUUUAUACCAACAGUCGCUACACACGUAAGGCAGAUAGCUAUCUUGCUUUUCCCCGGGAUCCAGCAAAUGCUAGUCUCUUCUCAAGCAUCAACAAAGAAGUGCACGCUCGCAAGCGUCGUGUUUUGCGCUACGGCUUUUCGGACAGUGCCUUGAAAGAGGCGGAAGUGACUAUCAAAAAACAUGUAGCCAUUCUCUUGCGCUGUCUGGAGCACCUUGCCGACGACGAUCAACAUGGCUGGACUGUCGACGAGAAGAAAUCAACUGGACAAUGGAGCACUCCAAAGAACUGGGCGGAAUGGAUCAACAGGUAUUCGUUCGAUCUAUCGACCGAGCUUUCCUUGAGCGAAUCUUUCAAUAUGAUGCGUCUUGGCGAAAGAAGACAUUUCGCGGAUUUGAUCCACGAGAACAUGUGGGCCGAGAAUGUGACUGGCUCCGCACUCACGCUUCUGCACAGCCUAGGACUGCGUAAUACGUUACUGUCACGAUGGGUGCGAACCAGCAAGCCGUUCGACGACUUUGUCGAACGUGCAGCUGCCGCACGCAUCGAACAGACAACCACAGGAGUCGAACUGGGCAAGAAGGAUUUCAUGACCUGGCUCACAAACGACGCUGAUCCAAACAAGGACGUUUCAAUGGACGAGAUCAAGGAAGAAGCCAUAUUGCUAAUCACUGCCGGCGGCGACACCACCUCUACGACCAUCUCAGCCGCCAUGUACUACCUUCUCCACGACCCCGAGAAACUGCAAAAACUGCAAGCCGAGAUCCGCCAGACCUUUUCCAGCGUAGAGGACAUAAGACUGGGCAGUGCGCUGAACUCUUGCACGUACUUGAGGGCGUGCAUCGAAGAGGCUCUACGCAUAGCCCCGCCUGCUGGCUCGGUACUACGGCGCGAGGUCGAGGUGGGCGGCGUGCACGUCGACGGCUUGUACAUUCCAAGAGGCACAAACGUUGGCGUCCCUGUAUCUGCCAUGCACCACGACGCAGCCUACUUCCCGUCGCCAUUGAAGUUCCAGCCCGAGCGGUGGAUCCCCGGCUCUGUGCUCGCAGACGGCACAGAAGUCACGCAUGAGUUCGUCAAGCGUGCCUAUGGCGCGUUCCUGCCCUUCAGCGCGGGGACAAGAGGCUGCAUCGGCAAGCCGCUGGCCUACCUUGGCAUCUCGAUUCUCUACGCGACCAUGUUAUUCCAGUACGACAUGCGUCUGUGCCGCGAGAGGUGGGCGAAUGGGCACCGCAGCGGUCUUGGCCCAGAUCCUACCAUUAAGUAUGAGCUCGAGGAUAUCUUCACUUCAUGGAAGAACGGUCCAUUGGUUGAGUUCAAGGCCCGACAAGUGGAGUAA